AGAUGAGAAUAAGGCCAGGGGAAACUGGACUAAUAAAUUGGAUUUCAUCCUGUCCAUGGUUGGUUAUGCCGUGGGACUGGGAAACGUGUGGAGGUUUCCAUACCUUGCCUUCCAAAAUGGUGGAGGUGCUUUUUUGAUCCCCUACCUGAUAAUGUUGUGCCUCGCCGGGAUCCCUAUCUUUUUAUUGGAGGUUUCCCUGGGUCAGUUUGCCAGCCAGGGCCCCGUGUCCGUGUGGAAAGCCAUCCCGGCUCUGCAAGGUUGCGGGAUUGCCAUGUUGAUAAUAUCUGUCUUGAUAGCCAUAUACUAUAACAUUAUUAUGUGCUGGACACUGUACUACCUGUUCGCUUCGUUGAAGGGCUCACUGCCAUGGGCUAACUGUAUGAACGAGUGGAACACGUUGGACUGUAAGGACAAAGACAUGCUUCUCUUAGACACGUGCAUCCUCCAUGAUAAAAACAUUACCUCUGUAAAGAACAGCUCGUUCUGCCUGUCGGCUCAAGCCAUUGGAAACCUGACCAAACUGGUUAACAUGACCUAUCCGGAUAACAAAACUUACGUCAGCCCCAGCGAGGAGUACUUCAAGUAUAAUGUCUUGCACAUCUCCAAAGGGAUAGAGUACCCUGGAGACAUCCGCUGGCCCCUCGCAGGCUGCUUGUUGCUGGCCUGGUUGAUAGUCUACCUCUCCCUGGCCAAAGGAAUCAAGUCAUCAGGGAAAGUGGUGUAUUUCACAGCUACGUUCCCCUAUGUGGUUCUGGUAAUUCUGUUGUUCAGAGGAGUGACCCUCCCAGGGGCUGGUGACGGCAUCCUCUACUUCAUCACACCCAAGUGGGAGAAACUCAAUGAUGCUAAGGUGUGGAAGGAUGCUGCCACCCAGAUCUUCUUCUCUCUGUCAGCAGCCUGGGGAGGCCUCAUCACACUGUCUUCUUACAACAAGUUCCACAACAACUGCUACAGGGACACCAUCAUCGUGUGCAUAGUUAACAGUGCCACCAGUAUAUUCGCUGGGUUCGUCAUCUUCUCCGUCAUUGGAUUCAUGGCCCAUGAACUGAAGGUGCCCAUUGAGAAGGUGGCAGAUGAAGGUCCAGGCAUAGCAUUUGUGGUGUACCCGGAGGCUCUGACCAGACUUCCACUCUCUCCGUUCUGGGCCAUCAUAUUCUUCCUCAUGCUGCUGACCCUCGGCUUGGAUACCAUGUUUGCCACCAUUGAGACCAUAGUGACGUCUGUGUCAGAUGAGUUCCCCCAGUAUCUGAGAAAGAACAAGCCUCUGUUCACGCUCAUCUGCUGUGCCUGUUUCUUCUUCCUGGGAUUCCCUAUGGUCACAGAGAAUGGGAUGUACAUGCUCCAGUUGGUGGACACGUAUGCUGCCUCUUACUCUCUGGUCAUCAUUGCCAUCUGUGAGCUAAUCGGAAUCUCCUACUUCUAUGGCCUGCAGAGGUUCUGUGAGGACAUUGAAAUGAUGAUUGGCUUCCAACCAAACCGCUUCUGGAGAAUCUGCUGGGCCUUUGUGACUCCAACCAUUCUGACUGGUAUCCUGGGGCUGAGUCUGUACCAGUGGAAGGUGAUGACCUAUGAGGACUACACCUACCCCCCCUGGUCCAUGGUGAUGGGCUGGCUGAUGGUGGUGUGUUCUGUCAUCUGGAUCCCAAUCAUGUUUGUCAUCAAAAUGUACUUGGCCCCAGGCAGCUUCAUGGAGCGUCUGAAGCUGGUGUGCUCCCCUCAGCCCGACUGGGGUCCCUUCCUGGCAAAGCACAGAGGGGAGCGCUACAAGAACAUGAUGGAUCCCCAUGGAUCCAACUCCCUGGGCCUCAAACUGCCCCCGAAAGAUUUCCAGCUGGGCACCUACCAGUAGCAGCCUCCACUACUACCACCACCACCACAUUAGCAGGGGCACCGGGGGAGAGAGAGAGCAGCAGCCUACCACUGCCCUCUCCUCCACCUAUUCCUUCUCUUUUGCCUAUUCUCCACUUCACUUCAUCUCUCCUUUCCUUCCUCUUUCCAUUCAAUGUGGGUGCGAGAAAAGCAAGCCAACACAUCCUCCACUUUAUUUCCCGGUUCUGCUGUCCACCUCUCCUGCUCCCUUCUUCUUUCUCCUCCACUCUAUAGCAAAGUGGGGCUGCCCUCCUCUCCAACAUUGCUUUCUCUGGCAGGCACCCAUACCAUACCCUGCCCUUUCUCUCCCUAACCCCUGACCUGAGAAUGGUCUGUCCUCUGCCUCCUGCCCAUGCACAGCCAUUACUCCAGAACCCUUUCUUUCUGAGGGGAUCUCUAUUCCAAAAGAAAAAUGUGUACUGUGUCACAAUGUUGCAAUGGCAAUAUUCGACUGCACAUGGCAAAAAAAAUAUAAUCAAAUUGUAUGUGUCACAUGCUUCAUAGACAACAGGUGUAGACUAACAGUGAAAUGCUUACGGGUCCUUUUCCAACAAUGCAGAAUUAAAGAUAAAAAAAUGUUAUAGAAAUAGUGACAAGGAAUAAAUACACAGGGAUUAACGUAUAACAGUAACGAGAUAAAGUAAAAUGGCUAUGGAGGAACUGUACCAAGUCGAUGGGUACGAGGUAAUUGAGGUAGAUUUGUAUAUAUAGGUAGGGGUAAAGUGACUGUGGCAUCAGUAUGCAUGUGUGCGUGUGUUAUGUGUGUGUGUGUGCAUAUGUAGUGUGUGUGUGUUUGUGUGUUGGGGUGCCAGUGUAAGUAUGUGUGAGUGUGGGUAGAGUCCAGUGUGUGUGCAUAGCCAGUGCAAGAGUCACUGCAAGAGAGUUAGUGCAAAAAAGGGUCAAUGCAGAUAGUCCGGGUAGCCAUUUAGCAGUCUUGUUCAUCAGUCUUAUGGCUCGGGGGUAGAAGCUGUUCAGAGUCUUGUUGAUUCCAGACGGUAACAGUGCACUGUUACUGCUUUCCGUGUGGAAGCAGAGAGAACAGUCUAUGGCUUGUGUAAAGUCUUUGACAAUUUUGUUAUCCUUCCACUGACACCGCCUGGUGCAAUGGUCCUGGAUGGCAGAGAGCUCGGCCCCAGUGAAGUACUGGGCAGUACUCACCACCCUCUGUAGCGCCUUGGGGUCGGGCGCCUUGCAGAUGCCGUACCAAGCAGUGAAGCAGCCAGUCGAGGUGCAGCUGUGGAACUUUUUGAGGAUCUGAGAGCCCAUGCCAAAUCUUCUCAGCCUCCUGAUGGGGAAGAGGCAUUGUCGUGCCCUCUUCACAACUGUGUGGGUGUUUGUGGACCAUGUUAAUUCCUUAGUGAUGUGUACACAGAGGAACUUGAAGCUCUCGAAAUCUCCACUACAUCUGGACUACUCCUUAUGGAGGUGUGUGUGUGUGCAUGUGCGUGUGUGUGUGUGUGAUUGUUUUAUUCUUCUAUCUUUGUGUAUAGUGAUAAUGAAAACUUCUCCACAAACAAAAAGGCACAAAAAAUACAAUUGACAGACUGAGAAACAUUGGUAUUCAUCAGACUCUGACCUAUGGCACAUUAUGAUAUAUAUAAUUUUUGGGCUUUUAUAAAAUAGGCAAUACAUGUAAAUUAAACUAACUGCCUAGAAAUUAUGCAGUGUGUACUGACAUAUAUAUAUAUAUAUAUAUAUAUAGUACCCAUCAAAAGUUUGGACACACCUACUUACUGAAGGGUUUUUCUUUAUUUUUAAAUUGGGUCAAAAUCUGUAGAAUUGCAGCAAACUUACUCUAAAACUGCAACAUUUUCUCUACGCCCCUUUGCAGAAUUUGUAGAAUUGCAGGAAAUGUACUAUAAAUCAAAUUAAGUUAUCCCCAUCAUCAACAUCGGGGCCACUAAAAUGUUUUGCCCUUGAGGUGGGGGUCCCCCAACAAAAAUUCAGCUUAAGGCCCCCCUAAAGACUAGGGAUGGUUCUGUUGCGGGUGAAAAAAAGAACAGGUCCAAUAAUGUGUUUGUUUGACAGCCACUCACUUGAAGGCAAGGAUGAAUAAACAAGAAGGUCAGGUUUUUUAAAUUAUUUAUGUCUCAGAGUGAACCCUUGUGUGCAUCACGACUAUGUACACUCCUGUAUACACAUUAUCCAUUAUCUUCCAAUGACAGAGAGAGAUAAAGAGAAAAUUUUUGCGCUGUGAUAGAUUGUAACGUUUGCGCUGGGCCAACAUCUAACAAUUCAUGUAGGGGCGGCAGUUAGAGGUUAAGAGUGUUGGGCCAGUAACCGAAAGGUCGCUGCUUCGAAUCCCCGGGCUAGGUAAAAAUCUGUUGCUGUGCCCUUAAGCAAGGCACUUAACCCGAAUUGCUCCUGUAAUUCGCUCUGGAUAAAAGCGUCUACUAAGUGGCUAAAAUGUCAAAUGUAAAUCUAAGCGCUGCUUGGAAUAGCUCUGUCCUUGUGUAGCCAAUUUGAUGCUUUCGUUGAGGACAUGGGGAUUAGCUUUCUGUUUUCAACAGGAUUGAACAGGAAAAUAAACGUUAGAAAGCUAGCUUGUGCUGUUUGUGUUCCUGUGCUUCCGUGUCUAUGUAUGCUCUCUUCCUUCUGCUUCCUCCUCUCCUCCCUUCUCCCCCUCGCAUGUCUCCUUACGUGCUUUUAUGUUCCUCAAAGCACUGACAAACCAGGGUUAUAGUUUACCCCGGUAUUUUCCUUCACAAAGAACAAUAUAAAAUAAUAAACUUUCCAUUGCUAUUCUGCUGUGGGUCAACUUUGGGCAGUAGGUAACCAAAGAGGGAGAACAACUUUUUUUUAUCAGAACAUAGGGUUCUGAAAAAAUACACACAAAAAAAAAUAAAAAAAUUUGCUAUUUGUGUUUAGGAGAUUGAGAUACUGCCAUUCAUAUCCCACCUAGUGAUCCUUAAUGUUUGCCAAUAUGUUACAAAACAUCUUCAGGUAACCAUUGACCUCUAAUAGUAAAAUAUUGUAUGUAACUCAAGACCUAUUGUCUGUCUCAUAUGGUACCGGUAUAUCCCUAUUGUUAUGUAUGUUGUGUCUUUUUGGCACUUUAUUGUGGACCUAUGAAUGCAUAGGUUAAAUGUCUAAUUACUUGGGUAAUGUAAUUUAUUUCUGUGUGUUCUAUGUGAGGUACUGCUGCCUAUGGAUAUAGAUAUGUGCCUCCAACAGCCCAUGCCAUCCUUUGGUUUGAAAAUAGAGAAUAGAUAUAAAUAUAUGUUUUUAAAUUCUGUGACAGAUAUAAAAAAAAUAUAUAUUUAGCAUAUACAAAUAUAUGUGAAAUUAAUUAUUUAUUUUGAAAAUCAUCAAUCAUUGAGGCCCUACCUCACAUUUUGUAUUUAUGUAUAGAAAUGCAGUUGGAGUACAGUAUCUUUGCCAAUAAUAAUAAUAUAUCGCUAUUAUAUCAUGAAAUGUAUAACCUAUAAAUCUAUAAAUGUUAUUGUUUUCAA